CAGUUCACUGUCGGUAAUGCAGAAAUGGCCUUGGUUUUGGCGCCCUCUGCUGGGCGACUGUAUGUAAUUGCUGUAAACAGCAAACAUUUCAUUUGUUUUAGUUUUAUUUUGAAUAUACAAAUAUAUGAAGCUAUAGGUAAAAGUGUUUUCAAAUAUUACAGACCUUUAAAAAACGUUAGCAAUUAAAUAAUGUUGAUUAAAAUGGCUUAGCAUCUGCAUAAAAAAGCGCGUAUCAAUAUGGAGUUCAGCAGUUCCGCACUGUCAUAACGAAGAGCCGGUGACCGGUGCAGGUCGGAUGCUGUACGGAUCCCGUCGUCGUGAUCGGUUUGAGUGCUCAGAGGUCAUUGAUGUGUCGUGUAGGCCGCUCCCCGUAAACACGCUCCAUCAGGACGGAACCGGACGUCAGUCAGAGCCCCGGGAGAGAGCAUGAGAUGCGCUGAACCGCUAUCGGCCCGUCCACAGGCUUCCCCGUGACGCGUCUGUUCGUAAUGGAGGACUGGAGCGACUGUCUGGAUGUGGCCGUGCAGAUCGCCCGCAGAGCCGGACAGGUGGUUCAGUCGGCGGUGAAACAGGAGAAGCAGGUGAGCAGCAAGAGCACACCGACAGACCUGGUGACGGAGGCAGACCAUCAGGUGGAGGAGCUCAUCAUCUCCACACUCAGGGACAAAUACCCCUCACACAGGUUUAUCGGUGAGGAAUCGUCUGCUGCUGGUGUGAAGUGUGAACUGACAGACGCUCCAACAUGGAUCAUCGAUCCCAUCGACGGGACGUGUAACUUUGUGCACAGUUUCCCCAUGGUGGCGGUGAGCAUCGGAUUUGCUGUAAGGAAAGAGCUGGAGUUUGGCGUCAUCUACCACUGUUUUGACGGGACGCUGUAUACGGGCAGAAAAGGACACGGAUCCUUUUGCAACGGGGUUCGACUACAGGUUUCGAAAGAAAAAGAUGUGUCGAAGGCCCUCAUUCUCACAGAGAUUGGUGCAAAGAGAGACCCUGCAACACUGGAUAUCUUUUUAGGAAAUAUGAAGAAAUUGUUGAGCGCACCUACUCAUGGUGUUAGGAUCAUCGGCAGCUCGACGCUAGCGCUCUGUCACAUCGCCAGCGGCGCGGCGGAGGCGUAUUACCAGUACGGCCUGCACUGCUGGGACAUCGCAGCGGCCGCCGUCAUCAUCAGAGAGGCCGGCGGAUGCGUCAUGGACACCACAGGAGGCCCGCUUGACCUCAUGUCCAGACGGGUUGUGGCCGCUGGGACGCGUGAGAUCGCCGACUACGUGGUGAAGCAGCUGCAGCCUAUAAACUACGGCCGUGACGACACUGACCCAGACGGGCUGGCCUGAGCUCUGUCCUGACCUCUGUCCUGACCUCUGUCCUGACCUCUGACCCCAUCCUAAGCCUUUUACCUCAGAACACACAAUCCUGCCGCGCCACAUCUGCAGUGUCCUUUUAACGCUACAUCCAUAUUUCUAUCGGUUUUUAUGGUUUAACAUCAUCUGAUUUGCAUUUUAAGUCGCUGGAAACACACUACAGUCAUGUGUUUCAUUUGUGGAUGAACACAGAUAAAUUAUAAUCACUGGACCACAACCACACAUUCAUACCUUGUAGUUUAUUAAAUUACUUCAUUCAUGGAAAUAAUGUCGGCAUGUUAAACACUGGAAGUCGCUUCACAUGCCUUGAAAUCGCAAAGAGAUUGACGAUGCCAAAUUCAGCCGAUUUUCCACGCGCCGUUUGAUUUUACAUUACGAAAUGGAAAUAUCUGCUUUUGAUCAAAGAAAAGCAGCUGGUUAUGAUUUCUACAGAUAUGAAAUAGACACAGCUAGACAGAUCAUCACUCAGGACUCGGUUAUGAACAGAUUUAACUGAAGAUUACACAGGUUUCUAUGAACGAACACUAAUAAAAUCAUUAAUUCAUCAACUAGAAAUCCCGUUUUCCAGUAAAACGUCUAAA